AUGCUGGGGUUGACGGAGGAGGACAUCACGGAGGAGGCCAUUCGUUCCGAGGAGGCGCAGCUGCGGAGUGAGACGCUGAGGAUCGCCCAGCUGCAGGAGCAGCUCGCGUCCCUGCAGUCGGAACUGAGACGCGCCGAGGAGAACCGCACGCGGCUGGCCAACUCGCUGCGGUGGCGCCGGAUGAUGGCGGAGGUGGAGCAGGAAAAGGAGCUCGUCGGCAUCACGGCCGCGAUGACGGCUGCCCUGAACGGCUUUCGCACCACUCUGCACCCCCCGGCCGACUACGACGAGAUCAGGGAGCAGCUUCCCUACGCGGACACGGACGACUAUGCCGACUUUUCACCGAUUGAGGCGCUUUUUGACGAUCGUCUGGCUGCGGUUUUGGAACUCCUGUCGGAGGAGGGCGGUAGUGCGUCUGGCAGCCGGGAGCGGCGGCACCGGCUCGCGAUGUUGAUGCUGCUUGUCCUGACUGUGAACCUGGGGCGGCUGGCGGAGUCGGUGACGUUGAAGGAGUUGGCGGAGGCGGAUGUGCUCGAGGAGGUCGAGGAGCUUCGGGAGAACGUGACGUCCGUGUGGCAGUAUCUGCUGUACUCGGACGCCGGGCUCACGCCGCUGGAGAAGGCGGAGUGGAAGGAGGUCGUGCAAACGUUUUUGGGGGCGCCGUAUGACACACCAGCAUGUGAAUGA